CGCUGUAAGUUACCGACCUCCGUCUGCCGAUGAGUCCUGCUGCCAUCACAGCUGUUCCUUCACAUCUCCGCCUAGAAGCCGCAGUGUUUCCUGGGCUGCACCGUCAGCUUUACACCGCUUUUAAGAACAAUCCACUGAAACUCAUCAGAAACUGCUGAAUAAUACUUAACGUCAACUUCUGGAUGACGGGCGGUCGAUUCGACUUUGAUGAUGGUGGCACCUACUGCGGAGGAUGGGAGGACGGCAAAGCCCACGGCCACGGUGUGUGCACCGGACCCAAGGGCCAAGGCGAGUAUACCGGCUCCUGGGCGAAUGGUUUCGAGGUGGUUGGCGUUUACACCUGGCCCAGUGGCAACGUGUAUCAGGGUUACUGGGCGCAGGGGAAAAGACAUGGACUCGGCAUUGAAACCAAAGGAAGGUGGAUUUACCGGGGAGAGUGGACUCACGGGCUCAAGGGCCGUUACGGAGUCAGGCAGAGCCUGAACUCUCCGGCCAGGUACGAGGGUACCUGGAGUAACGGCCUGCAGGAUGGGUAUGGUGUGGAGACGUACGGUGAUGGAGGCACGUAUCAGGGUCAGUGGACUGGUGGCAUGCGUCAUGGCUAUGGAGUACGUCAAAGUGUUCCUUAUGGUAUGGCUUCAGUCAUCCACUCACCUCUACGAACCUCGCUGGCUUCUCUCCGCAGUGAGCAGAGUAACGGUACGGUAUUGCGUGACAGCCUAUCUGAUAGCCCUGCUGGCACACGUGGUGGUUUUGUGCUCAACUUCCAAUCAGAUGGUGAAGGUUCUGAGAAGAGAAAGGGCCUUUUUCGCCGAGGCUCCCUUUUUGGCAGCCUUCAGCGACUACGCAAAUCAGACUCACGCUCAUCAAUUUCUAGUAAGCGCAGUUCAGCACAAAGUGACACUGCUAUGAGCCACAUCAGUUCAAGCGAUGCCAACUCUACCAUCAGCUUUGGGGACGGAGACCCCGGUGAUGACUACCUGCCUCUUGAAGACAAUGUUGAUGCUACCACCACUGAGUCGUACGUGGGUGAAUGGAAAAAUGACAAGCGCAGUGGCUUUGGUGUCUCUGAGCGCUCUAAUGGCAUGAAGUAUGAAGGUGAGUGGUUGAACAAUAAGCGCCAUGGCUAUGGCUGCACUAUCUUUCCAAAUGGGAUGAAGGAAGAAGGGAAGUACAAGAACAAUGUGCUGGUCCGGGGCAUCAAGAAUCACCUGAUCCCGCUGAAGAACACCAAGACCAAACAAAAAGUAGAUCGUGCUAUCGAGGGAGCAGUGAGAGCAGCAGCCAUCGCCAGAACCAAGGUUGAGAUUGCCAUCUCCAGGACGUCCCACGCCAGGGUCAAAGCAGAGAGUGCAGACCAGGCUGCACAGUCAGCCUGUCAGGAUUCGGAUAUUGCCAGAACUGUGGCCAGAGAGCUCUCCCCAAGUUUCCAUCAGCCAGGUCCUGACUACAUACGGCAGAAGUACAACGAGCCGCUAGAGAUGAAGGAGGUUCCCACAGAGGAGACAAAAGAGAAAUCUCCAUCGGGGAGCCCUCAUUUUUACAGGAAAGGCACAACACCAAACCAGUCUCCAUCUCAGAGCCCAGGUUCCAGCCCUAUUCCUUCACCUACUACUGCUAAAAAGUCCUUUUUCAGCAGUAAAACUCCUGCCUCUGUUGCUCCAGUAAAGACUUAUGGAAAAGAAAACAAGAUCCCAACAGCAGAAACUUUGACAGCAGGCAUGACAAAAGCAGCAUCAAAACUUUCUCUCAGACAGGAAAUAAAGCAACAAGAGGCAUCUCCAAGAGUCAAAGAAGGUGUUACAACAGUCAGCAGUUACCCAAGCAAUGGCCAGAUUCACUCCCAGUACCAUGAUUACCAUGUCAGGGCAGAUCUCAAGAUUUUGCCACCUGAAGAUCCUGUUGAUAUGAAGGAUGACCUUCACCCAUCCAGCCUUGCACACUUGUUGCCAUCUUCCAAACAAAUUCAACCACCAGCUCCAAAAUCCCUGAUGGGCCCUAGCCCUUUGCCAGUCACAGCAAAAGCCAGCACCAAAGCAGAAGAGCCUCUCAAACCAAAAAGACAGGAAUCAAGUAAAUCAAAGAGCCUUGCAGAAACCAAAAAAGCUAGUAUGGAAAUAGUUCCGGAAAUUGUAGAGGAGGAGUCGGGCCCUAACUCUGUCUUGGUGGCUCUCGUGAUGCUGUUGAAUGUAGGUCUAGCAAUCAUUUUUGUCCAUUUUCUGACCUGACCAAGUUUGAACUCAGUGGACUCAUCCAGACUAGUCGUCCAAGUCACCAACUCUACUUCAGCCAAAUGGGCCUUUAAAAAAAUGGCACCUGGCAGAACAGCAGACACCGACAAAAUGGAGGCCUGGAAACAGCUGGGUGAAGGAGAGGAUAAAAACACACGGAGGAGUGAGAGGGGGAAAAGCAGAGAGAGAAAGAUGAAACCGCCACUAUCCCUGGAUGGACUGUAUGACUGUCUUUGGUGCCCAGGUCCAACCUGAUUGGAGUGUUGAUGAUGUGUGACUAAACUCAGAGUGCAGUGAAAGCUGAAGCUGGCAGUUGCUAGUUGUCAGUAGCUAGCCUCAUCAAUGGAUUCUCAGUCAAGGUUAGAAAUAAGAGGAGCCCAUGAGAGUAGAGUUAAUGUGAGUGGGUGUGAGGGCCUGCCCAUAAAAGCCUGGAAUAUGUGCCCAUUUGUCUGUGGCUUCAUCUCAGUCCAACUGCUUUAUGAAGUUUUGAAAUGCUGUGAUAAAAAAUUGUGCCUUGUCCAGCUGAGUUGAAGAGAAUUUGUUUUGUAUAUGAUCUAUGAACAACAGCAAGAACCUUCAGCAUUCAUUAUGUAUUCAUAUUUCAUUAUGAUGGUGCUGUUCUGUUAAAUUAAUUCAUGUUCUUCAUCAUUUCAUUAACACCAAGCCUAUAUUAUUUAGAAAUGUGAUACCUUUCCAGUGACACCCACUCUAUAUUGCAUUGACUGCUAAAUAAUGUUCUGCUUCAAAUGAGCAGGAAUGUUCUCUUUGAUUUUGCAGCUUCUGCUCAACUUUUCUUUCACAUAUAAAUUGACAUAAAUCAAGUUUGUGCAGUUGCGGUGUAUUUUACACAUAUGCAUGUGCUUCAGCAGCUUGUGUAUGCGUGUGUGAGGAUGGGCAGGUGGUGGACUACAUAAGUUCAGAGAUGCAGUUUGAGUUGAUGGAAGCCAACAGCUGCCUUACCAUUUUAGCAGAGUGACGUGGUAGUGGGUGAGAAUGGCCCGGGCAGGAAUGUGAAGCUCUCGCUGAUUCUCUGUGCCAGGUCCUAGGAGAGCAGCUCUAUUUCUACCAGUCUGUUUAUUGAUCUGUUCACAUCUAUUUUUAUCUGGGUCUGUGGGUCUUAGUGCCCCCUGUUUUUGAUAUGCAAAAUCAGGUACACAUUAGACAAUCAGAAUGAUUUUAUUAAAAACUCAACAUAUACUAAUAAUUGCAAAAAGGCUCUAUGUGCAAUUUGCUCUUUAAGAGUAGGAGUAGAGUUGUCACUUUGUAACUCAAUUCCUGUUUUUAUGAAUGUAGAAAGAUUCUUCCUGACAAGAUCACUCGCGUCAGCUUCACUAAAACCAAACCACUAUAUUCUCACUGUCCACACUACUUGAAAUUCAUUUAAAACUGAUAUACUGUAUGACAGACUCAUCAUUAUGAUCAUUAUGGUGGCUGAAUACCAGUCUGUGUAUAUAUUAAUAUUUUAAUUGACAAACGAAUGUAAGUCUUACGGUGGCCUGGUGACCAGUCCAAAGUGUCCCCUCUCUCUUACCCAGUGUCAGCUGACAUAGAUUCCAGCCUCUUUGCGACCCUCUACAGGAUUUAGUAAGUAUUGAUAAUGAAUGGGUGCAAGGAUCAGAUUCCUGCCAUCUACUGUUUUUUAGGAGCUCAGUCAUCAGUAAGCCAGAAGUUAGCCAGCUAUGGUAGGGUAAAAAAUGCAGACUUUUCAAAAUGUGAUCUCAAAGGGCUUCAUUACAUUUAGUUAUUAUUAUAUUUCACGGUUCCUUUUGUAGCAUAAGGUUUUUGACUGG